GGUUUUACGCGUUACGUCACGCCAARACAGUGGGAGUCAACCAAGCUUGCCUUUGAGUAUAACUCAUAUACGAGUGACAAGCUAACUAAAGACCUCUGCAGACUUUAUUCAACUCGAUAAUGGCUUCAGCAAGCGUUCAAGGCUAUGAUGAAGUUUUGAAAGGGCAGUUUGCAGUUUAUAAAAAGAUUUCGGAGCAGAUAGGCGGCGAUGUGAAGGAACAGAGUGACCUUGUGAAGCAGGCGUUAGACGCGGAGAGGGCCUUCCUUGUGACAGCCGCUGGUCGAGCGAAACCUUCUCAGGAUGAGUUGACUAAAAUGUUAGAAGAAACAUCGAAGAAGAUGAAUGCUGUUGAGGAGUUUCGCAACAAAAACCGCGGCAGUAAGCAAUUCAACCACUUGUCAAGCGUCAGUGAGGGGAUUGGAGCUCUUGGAUGGGUCGUUGCACCCAUGAAACCCGAUGCCUUCGUCAAGGAGAAAAUAAAUGCAGCGGAGUUCUACACAAACCGAGUCUUGAAGGAUUUUAAAGACCAGGAUGCCAAGCAUGCCGAUUGGGUGAAGGCAUUUCUUGGUGCAUUGAAAGAAUUAGAAGCGUACACAAAGAAACAUCACAGUGCAGCUCUGACCUGGGGAAAGUAGAUAAUCUACCAACUGAGGUCCUAGAGAAAACAACGAAUGAAUGCUUCCAAGCCAGUACAGUAUUUCAUCUUCUCUUCUAGUUUUAGCAUGUUGGAAUUUAGCCAUUACUUUCGUACCUGAAAGGCUGUUCAAUUUCAAAUAAAUGUAGAAAAUAUGAAUAA